AUGCCGCGUGUCUGUAAGCCGGAGCCACCAGCGAAUAUUUCUCUACUGGAUGAUCAACCUCCUGUGGUGAUCGAGAUGAUCAACGAUUUGCGUCCCCAUGUGAAUAAGGCGAAGGAAGAAGUAAUGCGAUACAUUGAACCUGCUACACCUCAAAACUCACGAAAUGCGCGAGUUCUGAAGACGAUUACUGAGAACGCUCACGGAAAUAGGGCCUCACGUACUGACCACGGUUCCUGUGACAAUUCCUGUGCUCCGCCGGUUAAGGAGAUUCCAUUAGGGAGGAAAAAACGUUCGGAUAUGCGCCCUCCAGGCAAUCAUGCUACUACACGCAUGGACAACUCGUUACUUGUUACUACUAGAAAGUUUAUUCUGUUGAAGAGUGAAAACAAUGUAGUGAAUUUGAAUGAGGCUGCUGUGCUACUGAAUGUGCCGAAACGUCGCCUCUAUGAUAUCACAAACGUUCUUGAAGGUGUUGAUCUCGUUGAGAAAGUUGGCAAGAAUAGCAUUCGUUGGAAGACGGAUGAUGGCGAUAAUAACCAGUUGCGUGAACUUCAAUCACAGUGCAGAUCACUAACAAAGCAAGAAAAACAACUUGAUGAAGUUAUUACCGACUUGAGCUCAGCAGUGAAAAUAAUGAAGGAGGAUCCUACAGAUAUGCCACAUGGGUAUGUUCGUCUAGAGGAAUUGCGAAAGCUGAGCAAAUUUUCUGAUCAAACGUUGAUAUUACUAAAAUCUCAUCCUGGUGCACCUUGUACGGUCGAGGUUACUGAUCACGACAGUACUCAGCAAUUUCAACUGAAAGUAAGAACUGAAGAUUUCUCUCCUCUGAGAGCUUACAUCGGUGAAUCGGGCAGCAAUACUUUUUCAAGUAUUGAUGAAAUGCUUUUGCCAGGAAAAUCUCCAAGCAAUUCCGUUAGUUUACGUGAUGAACCAGAGCCAUCACCAUCCACUCAUGUAGAUGAAACACUCUUCGAAGCAGGCGAUGUAGAAAUGAAACCUCCAGUAAUAGAUGCGGGUUCUUCCAUGGUGUUACCUAAGACUGAAUUACGCCACGAUUCACUUUCUGAUUUAAUCACACCAGAUAAAGUCAUGUUUCAAGGAAGUGGAACAUUUCUCAGUCCUCUUAAGAUGUUACUUGAUCCAUAUGCACAAUUCCCAAGUAAUAGCGAGACGGACUCAUCGAACAUACUACUGACCCCGGAUGCUACCGAACUGGAUGCGUAUAGUUUUCCAUCGUCAGGGCUCAGUCUUAAUGAUCUCUUCAGCAGUUCCGAUUGGGAACUACCUCAGUAA